CCCGCACUGUAACGCCCUUCACCACUCACCCUCGCCCGCUCCGCUGCUGCACCCCCGACACACCACACACCACACCACACCACACAACACCCGGCAUGGACCGGCUCAGCAGGAUGCUCGCCGCCGCGCAGGGCAUGGGCGGCAUGGGCGGCGGACCCGCGCAGGACACGCACCUGAUCGACAACUCGGAGACGGUCUACAUCUCGUCGCUGGCACUGCUGAAGAUGCUGCGUCACGGCCGCGCCGGUGUGCCCAUGGAGGUCAUGGGCCUCAUGCUGGGCGAGUUUGUCGACGACUACACAGUACGCGUCGUCGACGUCUUCGCCAUGCCGCAGUCGGGUACCGGCGUGUCAGUCGAGGCCGUCGACCCCGUCUUCCAGACCAAGAUGAUGGACAUGCUGCGCCAGACCGGCCGCCAGGAAACCGUCGUCGGCUGGUACCACUCGCAUCCCGGCUUCGGCUGCUGGCUGUCCUCGGUCGACAUCAACACCCAGCAGUCGUUCGAGCAGCUCACCCCGCGCGCCGUCGCCGUCGUCGUCGACCCCAUCCAGUCCGUCAAGGGCAAGGUCGUCAUUGACGCCUUCCGCCUCAUCAACCCACAGACGCUCAUGAUGGGCCACGAGCCGCGCCAGACCACGUCCAACGUCGGCCACCUCAACAAGCCUUCUAUCCAGGCCCUUAUCCACGGCCUCAACCGCCACUACUACUCGAUCGGCAUCGACUACCGCAAAUCAGCCCUAGAGGAGAACAUGCUCAUGAACCUGCACAAGCACGUCUGGACAGAGGCGCUGCAGAUGGACGACUUCAACGUCGAGGGCGAGCGGAAUCAGGACCGUCUGCAGAAGCUGGUGACGCUUGCAGAGGGCUACGAGCAGCGCGUCAAGGAGGAGACCGAGCUCACCAAGGACCAGCUGAAGACGCGCUACGUCGGCAAGGUGGAUCCCAAAAAGCACAUCUCAGACGUCGGCCAGCAGCUCAUCGAAGACAACAUCGUAUCCGUAUCGAGACAGAUGAUCGACAAGGAAGCAUCAGUGCCAAAGUCCAACGGGAGGCAGAACGGGCGAGCGUGUCAGGACGAGGCUGAAGAGAUGGAAGAGUAGCACUCUACCAACAAUGAUGUGGACAUUACUCCAGAGAGCACUUUACACAUCAAGCUUGCAUUCGAAGGCGCAUAAAACGACGCACGUCAGGCGUAAAGGCAGAUCGCUGUGUCAGCAUCGGUGCAUGGACAGCGGACCUAUCGGGACAUAGAACCAUCGACGGUAUUUCCACGAGCAUCAACGUGAAUAUGAUAAUUAACAUGACUAUA